AUGGAAACAAUUCUAAGAGAAACGCAAGAUUCUCUUGAUCAGUUAGAGAAGAAAAUUUUUCACAUAUCUCCUGAAAUGCUCAAAGAAUUUUACGAUUUUCGACUUAAUUUUAUGAAAAAUUUUGACGAAUCAAACGAUGCUAUUGAUAUCGCCCAACUAUGUGUAUUUUCCCGUUUAAUCUUCCAUGAUCUAACUGUCAAGGAAGAGUUAUUUGCUAUUAUACCUAUGAAAGAAAGAACAACUGGUGAAAAUAUUUAUAAUUCUUUCAAAACGUUUUUGUUAUCAUUCGAAUUAUUACCGUUAAUGAAGAAACUUGUAUCCAUAACAACAGAUGGAGCCCCUGCAAUGAUUGGGAAUCAAAAUGGAUUUAUUGCAUUUUGUCGGAAAGCAAACUGA